AUGAGCAACGUUCAAAAACGAGUUUUUGUUGGUAAUGUGCUAAAUAAUCAAGAUGAAUGUUUUGAAGAUUUGUAUAGACGUUUCCAAACGUUCGGGGAAACAAAUAAUGAUACAAAAGGAUUUGAUGUUCAUGGUACAUUUGGUUAUUUGAAUAUAAUGUUUUUUGAUGAACAAGGAUUUCAAAAAUUGAAGAAGAAUUUCAAUAAAGUUAACUUCAAAGGAAAUAUGUUAGUUGUGGAUUUAGCAAAACCAGAUUUUAAAAAAUCCUGGGAAAGUCAACACGAAAAGGACUUGAUACAGAAUGGGUUAAUAGAGAAACGAAAUGCUAAGAGGGAUUGGGAACAUUAUAAAAAAUUGGAAAAUGUUCAAAAGUCCUGGAUAGAUCAUAAAGAAGUUAUGCAAGGUAGAAUGAGAAAAACACCAAGAAAGAAAAGAGAUUUAUCUAAUAUAACGUUUAGAAUUGAUGUGAAUGGAUCCUUAAAAGUAUAUAAAUGUUAUAAGACUAAACUAUGGGGUUAUGAAAGACACAAAGAACUGGGUGAUCUUGUUUAUAAAUUUGUCGGGAACAAAUGGCGUAAUGGGUUUGAUCAUAUCGUUGACCGUCUAAAUUAUGCUAGAUCAAAACAAUCCAUACAUUUCAAUCACCCAACUAAUGGAUCGUCAUUAACUAUUUCUCAUGAUCCAAGUUCUAUUCAAACUGCAGAUGAUGAACAUAUGUCUGAAGAAGAAAAAUUAAAAAAUAAUAAUGUAUUGACGGACUUAUUGAAUGGAUUUGAUUUUAAUGAAGCUUCAAAUGCAGUAGAUUCUGAUGAGGCUGAAGAAUUCGGGUUCAAUGCUAAAGGUCAAAAAGAAGAAGAGGAAUAUUAUGGUCAAUAUGAUAAUAACAACGACAAUGAUAAUGAGUAUUAUGGUACGAAAGGUAACGAUUAUGAUUACAACAAUAAUAACUACAACGAAGAAAAUGAUUAUUAUAAAAACGAUUAUAACGAGGAUGAUGGCUAUUACAACAAUAAUGAAGAACCUUCAGAGUCCCAUAACCUUGACAAAAAGCAAAGGAAAAGUAAAACAUAUCAGGAAGAAGACGAAGUACAAGAGGAGGAACCUAUCCCAGUUUUCACAGAUAAACCUGUUAAUAACGUUGUCACAGGUACAGUCAGUAACACCGAGACAUUAAGAUCUCUAUUUAACCCUGAAAGUGAAUCUCAAUCGACUGGAUUCAGUUUAAUGGGUGGUAUUGAAGAAGAUAUAGCUGUUGAUCAAAACAAACCUGAAGAUACAAAUGAAGCACAGACCAGAACAAUUAUGGAAGAGAUUUCUACAACCUCUCAAUUGAAGGAAAAGAACCACUUAUUCUUUGCGCAUUUCAAAUCACCUUUCUUACUGGGUCAAACACAACUGACUAAAAUAUCUGGUGGUGGUGAUACUGAUUUGUUAAAUAAUUGGGAUCAAGAAUUUUGGGAUAAUAGAGGUACAUGGACAAGAGAAAUGAAGAACAAAAAGAGAGAUGCUAUGAGACAACUUCACAAGAAAAAAGCUAAAGAAUCAAAUCACAUAUUAAUAUAG